ACCGGAAAUCUGCCGUGCUCCGGAGCAGCUGAGCCGUGCCUGCCCGUCCUCCCCCCGCUCCCCGCGCUCGCGCCGCAGCCGAGCUCCGAGGCGGAGCGGCGCGGGGGCUGGAGCCGCCGGAGAAAAAGCCCUUUGGUGCCGUGCCCGGCCGGACUGCGCAGCCCGCGGGCGGCAGGAGGCGGCGGCGCCCCGGCCCCGGAGCCCCCCGACGGCAGCCGAGCGGGCGGAGCCGCCCCGGGUGCGGCGGGAGGAGGAGGAGGAGGCUGCCCCAGCCGGGACCGGGACCGGGCGCGCCGGUGUGAUGGGGCUCGGAGCGGAGCCCAGGAUCCUGCCCCUGUCCCUGGACAGCCCCGCGCCUGGCUCGGCGCAGGGAAGUUGAAUCCGGGGCGGGGGACAAGCGAGGCCAGGUCCGGGAUUGCACCUGCCGGCAGCGCGCGGCGUGGAUGGGACCUUCGCUGCCAGGCGCCCGUGGCCCCGGCAGGCGCCAGAGGGUAGCUCGGGGGCCGGGAAGGAGCCUGGCCCUGGCCCUGGCCCCGCGUCUCCCCUCGGCCAUGGGAGUGGAGAUCUCCUAGGCGGGCGCUGACCGCGCAGCACCGCGCCGCACCGCACCGCACCGCGCCGCGCCGACUUCUCUCCUCGCCCUUCACUCUGAAGCCGACAUAUAUGAAAUGGGAAAUCGGGGGCUGUUCGGCGCCCUUUGUUACCUGAUGUUCAAUGCACCCCUGCUCUUCGUUGCCGAUGCGACAUUCACCGAAGUUCCCAAAGAUGUGACUGUUAGGGAGGGAGACGAUAUUGAGAUGCCCUGCGCUUUUCGGGCCAGCGGAUCCACCUCUUACUCCUUGGAAAUCCAGUGGUGGUACCUUAAGGAGCCAGCCAGGGAGCUGGCUCACGAGCUGGCCAUCAGCGCCCCUGGCAGCAGGAGCAAGGUAACAAAUAAGGACGCAACUAAAAUCAGCACGGUGCGGGUGCAGGGCAACGACAUCUCGCACCGGCUGCGCCUGUCCCACGUGCGGCGGCAGGACGAGGGCGCGUACGAGUGCCGCGUGUCGGACUACAGCGACGACGAGACGCAGGAGCACAAAGCCCAGGCGCUGCUGCGCGUCCUGUCGCGCUUCGCGCCCCCCGACAUGCAGGCGGCCGAGGCCGUGUCGCACAUCCAGAGCAGCGGCCCGCGCCGCCACAGCCCCGGCGGCCGCGCCACCGCCGAGCCGGGCCCCGACAAGCGCCUGCUCCCGCCCCAGGGCCCGGGCGCCGCCGCCGCCUCCGCUCCGGCCGCCGCCUCCAGCACCGCCGCCACCGCGGCGGCCUCGUCGGCCUCGCCCCCGCCCGGCAAGGCGGCCAUCCUCCGGCAGCAGCACGGCUCAGGUACAGGACCUAUUUAUGCUACAGACCCACUCCUAUACAUGUUCCUGUUAAUACUGCAUAAGCUUAUACACUUAUUAGUAAACCACUGAUGGACUACUUUAUCCAAUAUUCCUCAGCCAAACAAAAAGGAACCUAUUUAAAAAGAAAACAAAUCCUUGAUAAAAACUACAGUUUUAAAGAUGGACAGAAAGAGACUGAAAAAGAAGCAUGGCAAACUCUACACGGGGGGUAAAAGCAUAUUUUUGGGGACAUUGAGCAAAGUAAACCACCUAAAAUAAUGCAUCUAGUUUCCAGAUUAUCUUGUGUGAAGCCCUGCUCUGUGCAUGGCACCUAUGAGUUCUCUAUUUUAAUGUAAUAUUUUUUUCUUUUCUAAACCUUCCCUCUGACUAUUCAUUUUGCACGAACUGUUGAGCAGUUAUCUUUAUGACACUAUGUAAAGAUGUUGGGUCAAAAUCCUUCUAAAGAAGGGAGAUAUUUUUAGUAGAUUCUUGUGUUUAGAUUUUUGGAUUUCCUUUUUUCUGUUUUUUAAUUAAAGUAAAUUAUUUCUUUUUGAGACAUUUUAAUUAAAAAGGCACAUCCUACCAUAAUUAAUAUUCACUGUCAAUAAUAUUUAUUUUUAAAUAAAGAUUGGAACAAGGUAAGACAUUUGUUUAUAAACUGUAUUGUAUAUUGCUGAAUAACAGUUGAAUAAAAAGAUUUUGAAAUAAUA